AUGUCGACGAGCAAUCUGCUCGGCAGGCACACGACGCUGACAAUCCAACCGAACCGUCGCACCCGCACAGCACCGACCGGCUUUGGCGGUCUUGCUCAUCCUGCGAAGUCACGCCGCAUGAGAACCAUUGAUGACUUCGAACCCCCAAGUGACGAGGGCUCUGGCGAGGCACAGAUUCAUUCGAGCGCCCUCAAUCGGUCCAUUUAUGAGGAGAUAUCACUCGCCUGCGCCAAGCCAGAGUCAAUGUCUUAG